CAAACAAAAAGCCGGAUCGAGUCCCUUUUUACCCUCAAAUUCUCGUUUUAUUCAAUUGCACAACAUUCGGAAACAUGGAUGACCAAGCCUGCCCGAAAUGCAAAACGACAAAAUAUCGAAAUCCGUCGCUGAAAUUGAUGGUAAACGUUUGCGGUCACAAUUUAUGUGAAUCUUGUGUGGAAUUGCUUUUUGUUAAAGGAUCUGGAUCGUGUCCUGAAUGCGGAAUCCCCUUGCGACGAAACAAUUUUCGAGUGCAGCUUUUCGAGAAUCCCAUGGUUGAGAAGGAGGUUGACAUCCGAAAGCGCAUUCUGAAGGACUACAACAAAAAAGAAGAGGAUUUUGCGUCGUUAGCGGAGUACAACGACUACUUGGAGGAAAUCGAGUCGAUAAUUUUCAACUUGUCCAACAACAUUGACAUCAUCAACACCAAUAAACGCAUCGAACAGUACAAAAAGGAGAACAAAGAUGUCAUUUUAAAGAACAAACAACGCAUUGGUCGCGAGGAAUUCGAGUUGGAACAAAUGCUGGAGAUCGAAAAGGAACAAGAAGAAGCUCGAAAACAAGAAUUGACAAAACUGGAACAAGAAAAUCGCCGAAAAAAGACACAAGCAAAGGAGGCACUUAUCGACGAGCUCAUGUUUAGUAACGAAAACGGAGCUGCAAUCGUCAGUCAAUUCGCGAAACAAGUCGAGGAGACAUAUAAAGAAGCGAAAGUGAUCCCACCGCAACCAAAAGUCACCCAAUUUUCGACAGGAAUUCAAUUUGGAGCAGGAGCCCUUCAAUCGCAGUUCCUUCCGAUACCGAAGCAGGACGAAGGUGUCAUCUACGAGUAUCAUUCGCCUCAAUUACAGAAUAAUGGACCUGCUCCGCCAAAGCCAGAGCAACUAGAUGAACUGGGUUACAUGAAAUACAUCCGAACGGAACUUCCAUCGGAGAAGGCAGGCGGUUAUCGAUCACAACUCGCGUGUCUUCGAGCCUUACAGGAAGCCCUUCAAGGCCUUUACUCGUAAAAAAAACUUAAAAACCAUUAAAACUCGUUAAAUAUUAAAAGAAAAACUGGAAUUUAUUCCUUCGAAGCCAUGUGUCCCAUUAGAUUUCCCGUGAAAUGCUCAAUUUUCUUCAGAUCUGGCAUGGCUUCGGUUUUGUAUUGCACACAUUUGACGUUAUCCGUGAUCUUUAGCAGCAGCUGGUUCUUGGAAUGGAUGUAUUUCAUUGAAUAUCUGCAUUUAUCGGGUGCCUCCAGAUACAUUUGUUCCGCAGCAAUUUCAAAUUCUUCCCAGUUUUUCACGUACA